UGACGAUGUGGGAGGAUGGCAUUAAAAUUGAUCCAAGAGCAAAUGGAAAAUGAGCGUGUGACUUGGGUUCAGCUGGUUAAGGAAAUUGGAGAAGUGGACAGUUUCCUUGGACAAGAUCCUCCCAUCUCAUCAUCAUCCAUCCCUAGUUUAACACAACCAUCAAACUCUGCCAAUACUGAUUACAAGACAUUUACUACAUUCUUCAGUAGCCAUCAGCAGCCUUCUGGUUUACAAGAUUCAUUUGUAGAAGAACACAAAUUCCAAGCAGAAUCUAAACCACCACAAAGUUACGCACCUCAGCCUUUUAGUGUGUCUCAACCUCAACCAUUUAGUGGUAGCUACCCUGUGUCAUCUGGUUCUCCACAUACCUAUGCCCGUUCUUCAUCCCCAGUUUUGCAACUAGCACCUGUUUCUUCCACGAACUUUCAGGCAUUACCAUCUUCACCUCCGACUGCUGCCCAAGGUUUACCUGAACUGUGGAAUUAUCAGUCACCACAACAUGGCAUUGUGGUAGGAAACACUUCAUUUCAAAAUGCUGUAUCUGCAGAUCCUAUUACUUCUUCAUCAGACAUUUCUGGGCAUCAAGCAGUGCCGCUCUUUGAAACAUCACCUUUACCUAUAAGCUCAUCUCAGUCCCAACUCCAGCAUGGUGCUCAAGUGCAGUCAUAUUCAUCUUCUUCUGUUCCCUUAUUAAGAGCAUCUCAGUAUCAAGAAAAUCAACUCACAGCGCAACAAGAAACCAGCGCACCUCAAUCUGUACCUGUUUCAUUUCCUCCAGUUGCUACAGUUGUACCUUUCGCUGGAACUUCCAAUACCUACCGACUUGGUAGCCAAAGGAAGUUACUGUACGCACAGCCACCAGGGCUAUCUGCUUCAUCCCCCAACAUAUCGUCUCCUGUUGGUACUUACAGCAACAGCAACAGCAACAGCAACAACAACAACAACAACAACAACAACAACAACAACGGCAACCUUCCUCUUUCUGCCAAUGUGGCAAAGCCACAGACAUUACCAAUGGCCACACUGACACCUACCCCUUUGCAGUACCAGUCUCCAAUGAGUGCUGACAACCAGUCUCCACCCUCUGUGGUCCCACCAUCAUUUACUAAUUUGGCCCAGCUAGGAACAAUGUACCGGCCUGUGUACCACCACUGGUUCUUCAAAAGGGAAGUUGAAACUAAGUUUUUGUGGCAGCCAUUUAGUAUGGUUGACUCUCUUGCUUUGGAAGAAGCAUUCACUUCCACUGAAAUUGUCCCCGAAACAGUAGUCGCAACAGAUGGUGGAAGAUAUGAUGUGAACAUCCUUAGACGGCAGAGGACAGCUGUGUAUUGGCAGGAAAGCCCAUCUGAAGUUCGGCGUUGUUCUUGGUUCUAUAAGGGAUCUAUUGAUACUCGCUAUGUUCCAUAUGAAGAGAAUGUAUCUACCAGACUGGAGGAAGAGUUUAAGAUAGCAACAACAACCAAUGUCUGGCAUCGCCAUGUUGAAUUCCCCAAUGGAGAAACAGUAGUCUUUCAUGGACCUAAUGUUAUGGUCCAUUUCCUGCAAGCUACAUCACCAGAUGCUUGGGGGAAUACACCUCAAACUCCGUUGAGACCUCGUGUUGUGAAGCGUGGUGUAGAUGAGUUUGAUAUUGAUGAAGGAGAGCCAGCAAAGAUUGAUCACCUUCUGUUUCUUGUCCAUGGUAUUGGUUCAGUUUGUGACCUGAAAUUCAGAACUGUUGAAGAAGUUGUCGAUGAGUUCCGCAGCCUGUCUCUCCUGUUGGUGCAGUCCCAUUUCCGUACAGGAAUUGAACAAGGCCGGGUGAACAGAAUUGAAGUACUGCCCAUAUCAUGGCAUGCUACUCUUCAUGGGGAAGACACUGGAAUUGAUCGCAAACUGAAGAGUAUCACACUCAAUAGCAUCCCCAAGCUACGCCAUUUCACAAAUGACACUUUGUUGGACAUCUUGUUCUAUACAAGUCCAGUGUAUUGUCAGACUAUAAUGCACACUGUUGGUAAGGAAAUGAAUCGGCUGUUUAGCUUGUUCAGGGAUCGUAACCCUUCAUUUGAAGGUGGUGUCUCCGUAGGGGGACAUAGUUUGGGAUCUCUCAUCUUAUUUGACUUGCUGUAUCACCAGAAGCCAGUGGAAGAAAAGCUGACACGUGAACCCACACCCUCCUCUAGAGAGAGUUCAACUGAACCAGCAUCUGCAGAUGAUGACAAAGAUGUAAGCUCUGCUGCGAAAGUACCUCCCAAACUGAACCAUCAGGUCAGUUAUGUAAUGGGGAAUGCAGGCACAGGACAGCCUUUCAUCACCUAUCCACAACUUAAUUUUGAGCCAAAAGCUUUUUUUGCCUUGGGCUCACCAAUUGGUAUGUUUGUUACUGUUCGUGGAAUUGAAACACUGGGUAAAGAUUUUUGCCUUCCUACAUGUCCUGGAUUCUUUAAUAUUUUUCACCCAUUUGAUCCAGUAGCCUACAGAAUAGAGACAUUAAUUAAUCCAGAAUUAACUUAUCUGAGACCAGUUUUAAUACCCCAUCACAAAGGAAGGAAAAGAAUGCAUCUAGAACUGAAAGAAACCAUGGCACGUGUAGGUGCAGACUUGAAGCAGAGAUUGAUGGACUCUGUACGCAGCACAUGGAACACUGUGUAUCAGUUAGCAAUGUUUCACCGCUCUGAUGACCAGGCAUUGGAACAGGAAGUAGAUAAGGUGUUGGAAGAACAGUUACAACAGCAACAAAAUGAGGGAGACAGCUGUAAUUCUGGGACAGAUGGGGAGGCAGACUUGAAUGUGUGUGUGGGACAACUAAAUGGUGGUCGUAGAAUUGACUUUGUCCUUCAGGAAGCACCAUUGGAAAGCUUCAAUGAAUAUCUGUUUGUUCUCAAGACCCAUGUCUGCUACUGGGAGUCUGAAGACACAAUGCUAAUGAUCCUGAAAGAAGUGUAUUCCACUAUGGGGAUCUCUGCUGACAGCCAUGUUCUACACCAAAACACACCUUCAGAUUUUGGAACAUCAAGUAUUCCUUCAAACUCUGAUGCACUGCUUGAUGCCAGUGGUCCAAGAUUCUUGAACAGUAUUUUGGAAAGCAAUGAGACAGGAUUAGAAGGUUUCCAGUCUGAGUCUGAUGGCUCCAUUAUGUCGAGUCACAUAGGUUCUUCUUUAGUUACAACAUAUCCUGUCGAUAGACAAAGCUCUACUGCGUUAUUGACAGCCCCACAUGGACCAGCCGCAUCCUCAUUUCUUUCAAGUACUCCUACAAGCAGUAGUCAGCCAUUAAUGGGGAUGGAUCCUACAGCACCUCUUCUGGAAAACAAGAGUUUGGGACCACCACCAAUGACUGGUUUUGUUAGGAAGUGAAUGAAGGCCAGAAAUAUUAAUUGGCAUACUGCUUGUCAAUUAAUUUUGCACUGUGUAUGGGGAUUGUGAAUUAUAGGAAUGUAAAUAAGUAUUGUGCAUAGAGUGGUAUGAGUAACAAAUGGAAUGACUGCAUAUGUCCAUUACAACUUAUGUAUAAUAUUUUAAAUUAUUUAUUGAUCUACUUGAUGGAAAUGGGUUUAAUGUAAGUGAAAUUGUUUAUGCUAUAAUAUGCUGUAUAUAAUUUAUAAACAGCUUUUGUUCACUGUAUUGAUGUUAUUUUGGUUGUUUUUUUUUUCUAUCAACAUGGCAUUUAGAAGGAAUUCUAGUGAAGAAUACUUGAGGUUUGAUACCAUUUUGUAACUAAUAAAUCCCUUAGCUUUUGCUAAUGUGUAACUUGUGCUUACAAUUAGUACUUUUGAUAAAAAGAAGUAAUAACAAAUUCAGUGCACUUUGAUUAAUUUCCUUCCAUAUUCUUCUAGAAAUAUUCAGCAUUCAUUUGAAAAUUAGGAGUUGGGAUGGAUUGAAAGUUUCAGAUACACAGGAUGUUGACAAGUACUAUAUAAUGUUACAUUCAGAUCAGUAAGGUGUAUUUUAUUUAUUAUGAAACAACUUUUCAAAAGUAGGCAUCUGCCAACAUACUUUCAAUCUGAAAUGUAAAAUUAUGACACACACACCAUCAGAACUAUCCACAAAAUUCCAAAAUAAUUGCCCUGGUGCUUUGAUGAAAGAAUCAAAUAAUGUUUCAUUUGAUGCAAAAAGAUUUAAUUGUGUGUGUUGAAAAAAAAAUGCAGUAGAUAACAUUUUAAGUAAAACUACUUGACAGAACUUUCAUAUCUGAAUGGAAUUUGCUCUAAUUUCAGUUAAUUUCUUGCCUAGGUAAUAUUUCUUCUUAUUUUGAAAUUUCACUCUUUAUUUAAAACUGUUUACAGGAAAUGUCAUAAAGUAGACACCCUGAAAAAUAUUGCUUUUUAUGUAAACACAGGAAAUACACUGUAAAAUUUACUAUUAUAAGUUUUGACUUCUCCAUUUAAUGUGUCAUUAAGCAUUGUAUAUAAAAUGUACAUACUUUUAGAAACAUUUUCUCUGUCUCCAGAGAAAGGUUUAUGCUGAUAUGUAAAAGAGCAGCAUAGAACUGGCUGUUGGUCCAAGGUUAUUUCAAUAAUCAAUGGUUUAAAAAUGAACAACACUAACAUUUUUCAUAAAUGAUGUCACUUAUACAGCGUAGAGUAUGCUGGGAUGUAAUGCCGUGUAUUAUGAAGAAACGUUUGACAUAUCUUGGAAACUUAAGUGCCUUUUCCAUUGUAGAAUAGACAUUUUUCUUGUCUU